AUGCAGAACGAGGAGGGACAAAACAUGGAUCUUUACAUCCCCAGGAAGUGCUCUGCCACAAACAGACUGAUCACUUCAAAGGAUCAUGCUUCUGUGCAGAUCAAUGUUGGACAUUUGGAUGAAACUGGCCGAUACACUGGUCAAUUCUCCACAUUUGCUCUCUGUGGCUUUGUCCGGGCCCAG